ACCCACCCACCCUGGUCGACGGGAGGCCGACGUCAGCCCCAGAGGAGUGGAUGGCCCAUGUAAUAAAAAUACAUGAAGAGAAUUGAGGAAAAGGAGAAGAUUGUCCGGAGAGAGCGAGAGAGAGUAAGCAGCAGCAGCAGCAGCAGCAGCAGCAGCAGCACGGGGUCUGGAUCUCUUUCCUCCUCCUGAGCCGCGGACGUCAACGCCUCUCGUUGUUUGUUCAACAUUUGUGGCGAUGUGGGAUAUUUUCCGCCGCCGUGUCGACAGCGUGCUCCGGCUGGAAGGCUGAGUGUUACGCGUGGCUGUCUUCUGGAGCAGACCAGAGAGAGAUAACUGUAAAACAGCCUAUAGCGGAUUGGAGUGAAAGUCCGCCAUAUUCUGCCUCACCACGCCCGGGAGUCGAGCCGCCGGGAAUAUGAGCGGACUGCUUUCUUCACGCGUCCCCGCUCAUCCGCGACGGUAAAUCGGACACAGCGCGGGAGGAUUUUCGCCCCUGGAAGAGACAUUAAAACCAACAUUGUGGGACUUUGUUUUUUAGAGAGUAGGGCUGGUGCUGGUGGCGCUCGGCUGAUCGGGUGUCUGUGCCCCUAACGAGAUCACACGGAGGAUGCGUCUUACAAGGAUCUGUUGAUCAUAUUGAGAAGGAAAAGCAGAUUACCACCAAUUAAGAUCCGACAGAUAUUCGGCUCACACCGACCCUUGUCGGGAGGAGGAGGCCCCCGGAAAGCGAAACUGGUGAAGUGGGGCUCGAUCAUAGUAAUUCAUCAAACAUCUUUUUUUUUUUAGCCCACAAUCUGUGCUGCGUCCAGGCUCCUUUACGAGGGGCGUCCACGCGUCGUUCCACCAGACGCAGGCCUGUAUAUGUGGACGUUAUCCGGCAUCCACAGGCCUCCUGGACGUGUGUUUAAAAACAAAGCCAUAUACGCGGCUGAGAUCUGGAUGAAUCAGUGAUCAAACGAGCGGAAAGUGCGUGUUUUUAAAAAAAAAAAGCAGAAAGAAGGAGAGGAUGACCCUGGAGUCCAUCAUGGCGUGUUGCCUCAGCGAGGAGGCGAAGGAAGCCCGGCGGAUCAACGACGAGAUCGAGAGGCAGCUCCGCCGGGACAAGAGGGACGCGCGCCGGGAACUGAAACUGUUGCUCCUCGGCACCGGGGAGAGUGGGAAGAGCACAUUCAUCAAACAGAUGAGGAUCAUCCACGGCACAGGUUACACCGAUGAGGACAAAAGAGGUUUCACCAAACUGGUGUAUCAGAACAUCUUCACGUCCAUGCAGGCCAUGAUCCGAGCCUCAGAGACGCUCAAGGUCCCCUACAAAUAUGAGCACAACAAGGGUAACGCCAACAUCGUGAGGGAGGUGGACGUAGAGAAGAUCAACAGCCUCGAGAAUCCUUACGUAGAUGCAAUCAAGAGCUUAUGGAAUGACCCGGGCAUCCAGGAGUGUUAUGAUCGAAGGAGGGAGUACCAGCUCUCAGACUCCACUAAGUAUUACCUGAACGCGUUGGACCGAAUCGCAGAGCCAUCCUUUCUUCCCACUCAGCAGGACGUGUUGAGGGUUCGAGUCCCGACCACGGGCAUCAUCGAAUACCCGUUUGACCUGCAGAGCGUCAUAUUCAGGAUGGUGGAUGUGGGAGGUCAGAGGUCGGAGAGAAGGAAGUGGAUCCACUGCUUUGAGAACGUCACAUCCAUCAUGUUCCUGGUGGCGCUCAGCGAGUACGACCAAGUUUUGGUGGAAUCAGACAACGAGAACCGGAUGGAGGAGAGUAAAGCUCUGUUUAGGACAAUAAUCACGUACCCCUGGUUCCAGAACUCCUCCGUCAUCCUGUUCCUCAACAAGAAGGACCUGCUGGAGGAGAAGAUCAUGUACUCUCAUCUGGUCGACUACUUCCCAGAAUACGAUGGUCCGCAGAGGGACGCCCAAGCAGGCCGAGAGUUCAUCCUCAAGAUGUUUGUGGACCUGAAUCCAGACAGUGAUAAGAUCAUCUACUCUCACUUCACCUGUGCCACUGACACGGAGAACAUCCGCUUUGUCUUCGCCGCCGUCAAAGACACCAUCCUGCAGCUCAACCUAAAGGAGUACAACCUGGUGUAGAGCGGAGGCCCUCAACACACACUGACUGAUGCAAUCUGUGAAAAGAGAGAUCACACACACACACACACACACACACACACACACACACGCACACACUCUGAAAAAAGAGAAAAUCUGAGAAAAAAAAUCUAAUGCAUAAUACUAAUUUAUUUGCCAUUUGUUGAUCUCUUGGUCGCCAAGGGGUGAGCAAAGUAAAUGUUCUCUUGCUAUUUAGGGAGUUGAUGGAAUCUAGGGAGGGAGGGGGUCGGAUAUGUGGAAGAGUUGGGAGGGAUUUGCUAUUGAACAUGUGCAGCAAUGAUCCUCAUUUUUUAGGCUUUUGCGCAUUGUGAAGUUUUUUUCUUGUUUGUUUUUUGACAGAAAGAGAGGAACUACUGUGUUUCCUGGAGGUGUGGGGGGGGGUUGCCCGUCAGUCUGAGACGUCAGAGCAGGAAUGCAAUGUGCCCCCUCCCUCCUGCCUUUUUAUAAAUAAGAAUUUAAAAAAGCUUUUCAUUCUUUUUUUUUUUUACCCUCCCCCCUUACCUGUGGAUUCGUUCUGAAUCUCUGUCACAGGCGUUUACUUGUUUGCCCAACAGGAAGUGAUGUAACACAUCUCCAAUCAACAGCUUCCUUUCUCCUGCAAAGGAUCCAUGGGCAAGUCUGUUGAUGAGUUUGGCAUAAACUGUGAUUUUUAAAUUAUUUCAUAUUGAUUUGAUAUUGAUUGACUUCAAUCAUCAUUAUUAAUGUUAUUAUCAUUAUCACAUUGACUUUGGAACAAUGCGAUGAGUUAGGGCAGGUGUAGCCACCGUGGAAGCACACAGCCACGUUGACGUGUUGAGCGACGUUUAAGAGGCAUGAGGGGAAAUUGGCUUUAAAGAUGCUUUCGAAGCUUUGGGCGACGAGGUGAGGAGGCACAUGGAGACCUCCGCUCCCAUGAACCAAGAUGGCGACGGCCGCUUUACACGGACUGAAGGGAGCGGAGGAGGAGGGGAUAAUUUAUAAGACAAUGUUGUUAAAUGAUUAUGUUCCACUGUGCCACAUUAGUGCUUUUUGUUAUGCUAGUAUGUUUAUUUAUUUCCCAAUACCAAAACAACUCACGGCUCCACGUUGCGCUGUUUACUACUUUUGAUGGAAGGAAAAGUGUUGAGAACAGGAGAGAGCAGGGCUGACCAACGUAUUGAUCAACUGAUUCCUGCAGUUUUUUAAGGGUUCAAUAAAUAACGGUAUUAAACACACACACACAUGUCCUUAUAUCUGUCCAAUCAACGCCCUGCUGUCUGGACUGUUUUCGUCCAAUAGCAGUGGAGAACACAUUUGGCUCAUUCCCAUGUCAAAGGGCGGAGUGUUGAGAUUCAGUUUGUACCAAAGUAAAGCCCUUCUCGUUUCUGAUUGGCCCCUCUGAUUUACCAUUUCCCCAUUCCCAAGUUACUUUGGAGUAUUUUUUUGUAAGAAUUCUGUAGAACACGAGCCUGUAAUUUACAUUUAUUGAGGCAUAGUGCAAUUAUGAAUGCUAUAAUCAUUGUACAUACAUCUCUCUCUAUAUAUAUAUAUAUAUGGCAGCAUCUUUGUUGGCUUUGUAAUCAUUACUUUAUUUUGGCAGAUUGAAUGUGCGGUAUUGAAAAUAUGUAUCUAUGUAAUUGUAUUGUAUGUCUAAUGGAAAAUUCAUUUUUUUUGGAAGAAAAAAAUACGUUAUUUACA